UUUUAAUUUAAGAAGCAAUCAUUUCGAUUCCCUGUUGUGUAAUUUUGAAUUUUACUGUACCAUUAGACUGAUUUAAUAAUCGUGAAUUUACUCUCAAUUUGAUAUCAAAUGCUUUUUACUUUAACUGUUCAGAAAUCUUUUAUUCAGUGCGUUUUUUGAAAUUUUGUUAGAUUUUGGAUUCUUGAAUGACUAGAGAUGAUUUGGUUUGAUUUUUAUUUUUCAAAUCCAAUGGAAAAAUUGUGAGAAUCGACCGAUUAUAUUAUAGCUUACUUUCCCAAUUGAGAGUAAUAAUUUAAUCAGUAGAUUAAACACUCUGUUAUUUUAAAGAUUAAAAAGGCCGCCUAAACGUAAUCAUAAAAUAUAUUGAUAUUUUCCAUUGAUUUGUAUCAGUACAGUAUUAAUUAACUUGUUGCCUGUGUUCUCAUUCAUUCAUAUCAAAUUCUGCCGAAUAAAUAGAUCAAAAUGCGACUGAUUAUAUUGGAUAAAAGUGAAGAUGUUGCCCUCUGGGCUGCAAAAUACAUACGUAAAUGUAUAAACACUUUCAAUCCCGGACCUGAUCGUCUUUUUAAUCUUGGCCUUCCUACUGGAAGUACUCCUCUUGGUACUUAUCGCCAACUGAUAAACUUUUACAAAGAGGGAACUGUCUCAUUUAAAUAUGUCCGAACCUUCAAUAUGGAUGAAUAUGUUGGACUACCGAGAGAUCAUCCAGAAAGUUAUCAUUCAUUCAUGUUCAACAACUUUUUCAAGCAUAUUGAUAUUGACCCAAUUAAUGUGAACAUUUUGGAUGGGAAUGCACCAGACCUGGAAGCAGAGUGUAAUGCUUAUGAGAAGAAGAUAAGUGAUUGCGGUGGAAUUGAAUUAUUUGUUGGUGGAAUCGGACCUGAUGGUCACAUUGCUUUUAAUGAACCAGGGUCAAGUUUGAGUUCUCGUACUCGAGUUAAAACACUUGCAAUGGAUACGAUUUUGGCUAACGCAAGAUUUUUUGAUGGGGACAUAACUAAAGUCCCACACGAAGCACUAACUGUUGGUGUUGCAACUGUUAUGGAUGCUCGUGAGGUAAUGAUAUUAAUCACUGGGGCUGCAAAAGCGUUUGCUUUACACAAAGCUAUAGAGGAAGGUGUCAGUCAUAUGUGGACUGUUUCUGCACUUCAAAUGCAUCCUAAAACAACCUUAAUAUGUGACGAAGACGCUACCCUUGAGCUCAAAGUUAAAACUGUUAAAUACUUCAAAAGUUUAAUGAGAGUCCACAACAAGCUUGUUGAUGAAUGAUAACUUCGAACAUCAUUUUAUUUCUAAUCUCCAACUCGUUUUUGACGAUUCCCUUGGAUGAAAAUAUUAGCCAUAUAAAGUUUAUUACGCUUAACAGCCAGUCUUUUUUAAAAUUUGCACAUGUCCGCUUUGAUAUUUAGAUGUUGCUUAAUAUAAAAAUAGUUUACUAACUCAAAUAAAUUCAAUUUUACUACGCUAUAAA